CUCAUGUGUAAUUUGUGCUGUGAAAACUUAAGUGUGAAAAAUAGACGAAGAAUAAGAGGUUAAAGCUCGACAAGUCUAAGUGUCCAAUUGUUUUGCGGCACAUUAAAAAUUUUUUAUAUUAAUUAAUAAUUAAUAUAAUUAUAAAAUAAGUAAAUGAUGUUACGUCCAUCAAGGACAUUAGUAACAACUUUUCAACGUGUCAAAGAAUGUUGCCCAAUAUUACGUACAGUGCGACAGCGGUCUGAUAUCACCGAAUAUGAGUCUCCAAUUACUGAUGAAUACAAAAGAGGUCCUUCAGAAGGACGAUCUCUUUAUCUUGAUGCUCAAGCAACAACACCCAUGGAUCCUAGAGUAUUGGAUAAAAUGAUGCCGUAUUUGACGGCUUAUCACGGAAAUCCCCAUUCCCGGACACACAUGUACGGCUGGGAGUCCGAAGCAGCUGUCGAACAUGCUCGCCAACAAGUUGCCGAUUUAAUAAAUGCAGACAAAAAGGAAAUAAUAUUUACAUCCGGUGCCACUGAGUGCAAUAACAUUUCUGUUAAAGGUGUAGCCAGAUUUUACAAAGAAAAGAAGAAACAUAUUGUGACGACUCAGACAGAACACAAGUGCGUAUUAGACUCAUGCCGAGCACUUCAAGUAGAAGGAUUUGACGUUACAUAUUUACCCGUUAAUUCAAAUGGUCUAAUUAAUCUAGAGCAAUUAGAGUCAUCAAUAAGACCCGAUACAUCUCUGGUAUCAGUAAUGACCGUAAAUAAUGAAAUCGGCGUACGACAGCCUGUCGAAGAAAUCGGUAAAAUUUGUCGACAAAAAAAAGUAUUUUUUCAUACUGACGCAGCGCAAGCGGUAGGAAAAAUUCCAAUAGAUGUACAGGCUAUGAAUAUUGACUUGAUGUCUAUGAGCGGUCACAAAAUAUACGGACCGAAGGGUGUCGGUGCGUUGUACGUAAGAAGAAGACCUAGAGUACGUGUUGAGCCUAUUCAAAGUGGCGGUGGACAGGAAAGAGGAAUGAGAAGUGGUACUGUACCAACACCACUGGUCGUCGGACUUGGUGCCGCUUGUGAAUUAUCUAACCGGGAAAUGGAUUAUGAUAAGAAACAUAUAACCCAUCUUGCGAAUUACUUAAUCGAUAAAUUAUCUGGAAGUUUACCGCAAGUCAUACGAAACGGCGACCCAGUUGCUUGGUAUCCAGGAUGUGUUAAUUUGUCGUUCGCGUAUGUUGAAGGAGAGUCUUUGUUGAUGGCACUGAAAGAUAUUGCUCUGAGCAGCGGUUCUGCUUGCACGAGUGCCAGUUUAGAGCCUAGUUAUGUCCUGAGAGCUAUUGGUGCUUCUGAAGAUUUAGCGCACUCGAGUAUCAGAUUUGGUAUCGGAAGAUUUACGACACUCGAAGAAAUUGAUUACACUGCUAACAAUACAAUUUAUCAUGUGAAACGUUUACGAGAAAUGAGCCCACUUUGGGAAAUGGUCCAAGAUGGUAUCGAUUUAACGACAAUUAAAUGGACGCAGCAUUAAGUAUUCUGUUAAUUGUAAUAUUAAUUUAAUAUUCAGCUAAAAUUAUGGCUCUUUAUUUAAUUACAAAAAUAAAUAAUUAAAUAUAAGCCUGCACCAAGGAUUAUCUCGAUUAAAAAUCUCUUAAAAAUAUUUUAGAACGUAUAUUGUAUAUUUGUAAACAAAAUUGUUACUCAUUCCUUGCUUUCGUAAAUAAAAGUUUUUUAAAAAAUCA